AUGCCAAGUUCGGAUUUGCUGAAACGAUAUCAGUUGGAACAGUUUGCUUCAGUUGUUGAAAGUGUCAAGGAUGGAAAUUUGAAAAAACUCGACGAAACACUGGUGAAAAAUGAGCGUUUUUUUGUUGAAUGUGGAAUAUUUUUGAUGCUGGAAAAGUUAAAAAUUAUCGCCUUUCGUAAUUUAUUCAAAAAAGUAGCUUGUAUAUGUGCAACAAAUCAAAUUCCUUACGAUGCAUUUAUAUGCGCUCUGCGAUGGCUUGGAAUAGGCGAUUUGGACGAAGACGAACUCGAAUGCAUCCUGGCUAAUCUUAUUGUUGAGGUAAAUGUGCUGUUGGUGAAAUACACAGAUAAGGCAGUAUAG